CUUCCGCUAGAGCUCGUCGAGAGAUAAAAAUUUUUUAUCUCCUCCCUCGCCGACGAUCGUAGAGAAAAAUCGUGGGAGUUAAAAACCGAGAAGGUGUAUGUAUUGUAAAUUUUAUAGAACGCUUAUCGGCCGAUGGGUUCGGCGGUUCGUUUCCUCCCGAAGGGUAUUGAGGAAGGCACGUGGAGGCGUCUCGUACGUCGGAAAGUCACGCGUGACGCUUGGUCUCUACUUAUAGCGUGGCGUGGAUCGGGUCGCGUGACGGAAUCCGUGCCGUGGGCAUUACCGCAAUUGGAACUAGAUAUAUUGAAACAGAUGAAGAAUUUGAAAACGUUGAACGUCGAGAGAGAGCGGAUGGCGAGGGGAACGAAACGGAACGGAGGGCAUCAAGAAACGCGUAAGGAUCGUGGACCAAAUCGACGGACCGUACAGCUACCCAGCCACCGGACGAGAGACACGCCCCAAAAACGUCGACCGCGCGAUGAAGUUUAUCCCCAGGGUUGGGAUAACCUGGCGCAGGGGAUCUCGCCGCCUAUCCCCUAUGGAAGUUGGAACCCCGGGUGCUCCUGAUUCUCCAAGGAUAAGGAAAUAUAUUAACG